CGUAUGAUUCAGUAAAGACAAAAUUAAACACAUUUGAGCGAUUAAAACCCUAAAAGGCUAAAACAACAAAUCUCAGCGGGGAAGUGCAGCCGCUGCGGAUUUGGCCUUUUACCAGAAACAAAAAGUUGGUGUCGCAACCGGAGUUGGUCGUCUUCCGCCACAAUCACCGACAAAUUCAUCCGAUCCAGAAUAGUUUUCACUCCGCACCGUGAUUCUGAUAUUGCGUAACAGAUUUGAAAUAGAAAAUGUCAAGUAAGAAGGAAGAGAAAGCGCAGGUUGCAGCUGAUAGAAUCAAGGCUGCAGCAUUGAGUGCUGCCAAAGGUCUCAGUCGUGCUCAGGCCGAAAGGGCAGCUACUGCUGCUGCCCGAAAUGUCAAUGCUUAUGGUCAGAAGGAAGAAGGUCCUAGCAGAUGGCAGGAGAAAAGGGAAGCUAAGAGGCAGAUGUAUUUGAUGAGUACUGAGAAAGCUGUUAAAUUGGGUGAAAGGAAGGAACUCAAACCGACUAUGUCAACCAUCGGUGGCACUGCGCAGUGUCAAAAGUGUUUCCAGAGUGGUCACUGGACGUAUGAAUGCAAGAAUGAGCGGGUUUAUAUUUCGAGACCGUCUCGGACACAGCAACUUAAAAACCCUAAAUUGAGGCCGGAUGUGUCUGUGAGUUAUGAUUUAGAUGAUGAUCAUCGUGAGGCUAAGGAUGAAAAGGCUAAAGUGAGUUCCAAAAAGGCCAAGAGGAAACAUCAAGCUGCCUCUGAUUCUGGUAGUGAUAGUGAGGAUUCGGUGUUUGAGACUGAUAGUGGAAGUGGGUCGUCGUCUGUUACUGGAUCGGAUUAUUCUUCUGAAAGUUCCAGCUCAUCAUCUGAUUCAGAGGAAGAAAGGAGGCGGAGGAAGAAGAAGCAGAAGCAGCAGAAGAAGAAGAAAGGAAAAAGCAGGAGGUACAGUACAUCGUCAGAAUCAUCUGAUUCAGAUUCUGGUUCAGACUCUGAUUCUGAUGAUAAAAGAAGCAGGAGAAAGAGGAGGCAUAGUCGAAGACGUUGAAUGAUACUGAAGAAUGUACGGAACAGCCAAGAGUUUGGUGAGUAGGUGUCUGAGCAGUUCGGAAGAUACGUUCUUUAAGUUUCAGCAGAUAUAUAAUGUAGAAUAAGCUUUGCUAGAUGCAUGGGUUGUACGUAUUUCCUUUCAUAAACUUUGUUAUCCUGAAGAUACUUGAAAGUUUGAUUUUUUCUUAACAUUUGUCUUCAUCGAAGGUGCUCUGUGUAUUUUGUGAUUCUUAAGCAGUUAGAUGGAUUUUGCAAUUGAUUCAAGCAUCAGAUGCUUUCAUUUUCAGAUAAUCUCGUUUGUUACUUAACUCUUGUAUGGUUUGUCUUUUUUAACUGAGUUGGUUCUUGUA